AUGUCAAGACCAGCGAUCGCGAACCCAUGGCAGUCUCCUCCCUCUGACUACCCUAUAGAAAGAUCCGCGUAUUACGGGGACUUCGCUUCUAAUAUCCUCGUAGGGAUCGACAUCUGGCUCUUUGCAUAUUCGGCUUAUUUUCUCAACCGCGGUGCCUAUUCCAGAGCUAGGAGAAGACUGUUGAUCGGAUACGGCUUUGUAUUGCUCCUCCUGCUUGUGGCAGCUUCUCUUUCUCGACUAAGGGUGGGCAUGCUCAUGUGGAUUGACCAUCGAUAUUUCGUCCCUGGAGGACCGAGAGGGUAUCUUAGGAAGAGUCCGCCUUGGAAUCUCGUUGGAAUCGUCGCGGUCAUGGCUGCAGAUGUAUGGAGUAAUUUGCUCAUGAUUUAUCGCUGCUACGUGAUACUCUCGCAAAUGGCGUGGGUUAUCACUCUUCCGCUGGCCUUGCUCAUCACGUCGACGGCCUUCGCCAUCUUAACGAUCAUUGAAGGAGUACGCCCAGGAGCCACCUUCUUCGACGGAAAAUCGCUAGCGUUCGGUCUCUUUUGGGUGUCCUUCACGGUAUCCUUCAACGUCGUCGUUACUCUCCUCAUUUGCGGUCGUCUGCUGUAUUCUUACAUGGUCCUCCGACGUAUUGGUGGCCAUGCACUCGCCAAAGAGCGCCUCGGGGUAAUCGCAAUCCUGGUAGAGUCGGCAUUGCCGUUCAGCGUGUUCGGCGUUGCCCUCGCGGUGUUGUACGGCGUCAAAAGCCCAACUGCAACGGCUUUUGCUGAUGUGUGGGGGGUCAUCGUGGGACUUUCACCGCAACUCAUCAUUCUCCGAGUUGCAAUGGGUCGGGCCGUGACGAAAGAAUCCCUGAUAGCCACUUCCGUCGACAUUUCAAGUCGUUUCCUCGUCGAGGUUAUGGACAAUGAGCCAGGGGCCAACGUCUAA